GUCUCUUAGGUGAUGCUGCAGCCAAGAUGGCGCCGGCGGCGGCCGCGGCGGCCUGAGCGUCAUGCUCGGGGUUCUCGGCGGCGGCAGUGGCGGCGGCUGUUGGCGUCAGCCGGGGCCUCGAAUCUCCUGGGGUGAGCGCUCAAGCGCCUCUCCUCCGGCCGGGUUAGCCUGGGCAGAGAGGAGACGGCCACGGCGUGAGGGGGCUGUGAGGACCAGCAAGAGCGCGGCGCCUCCUGCCUGGGCACCAUGGCUGGGAUCAUCAAGAAACAGAUCUUGAAGCACCUCUCCAGUGUUCCCUGCUGGCUAUGGUGGAGAUUGAUGUGCUGUGAAUUGCAUAAUCACCUAAAUGAGUACCAGAAGAAUCUAAGAAACCCUGGCAACUGACUACUUGCUUUCAUCAGGAAUAGGGACCUUUUGUCUGAAUUUCCUGCCCUCAGAUUUACCAAAAAUUUAUCUCCUGACAAGAUAAAUCUAAGUACUCUUAAAGGAGAAGGUGAACUGAAGAAUUUGGAGUUGGAUGAAGAAGUGCUCCAGAAUAUGUUGGAUUUGCCCACAUGGCUUGCUAUCAACAAAGUUUUUUGUAACAAAGCAUCCAUUAGGAUCCCCUGGACAAAACUGAAAACACAUCCAAUCUCUUUGUCUCUAGAUAAAGUGAUAAUGGAAAUGAGUACAUGUGAAGAACCAAGAGCCCCUAAUGGCCCAUCACCAAUAGCAACUGCUUCAGGACAAAGUGAGUAUGGUUUUGCUGAAAAAGUUGUUGAGGGAAUUACUGUUUCUGUAAAUUCUAUUGUCAUCCGAAUUGGAGCAAAGGCCUUCAAUGCAUCAUUUGAACUUUCUCAGCUAAGGAUCUAUAGUGUAAAUGCAAACUGGGAGCAUGGAGAUUUGAGAUUUACUCGUAUUCAAGAUCCACAGAGAGGAGAGGUUUUGACAUUUAAAGAAAUAAAUUGGCAGAUGAUUCGAAUAGAGGCAGAUGCUACUCAAAGUUCACAUCUUGAAAUUAUGUGUGCACCUGUUCGAUUAAUAACCAACCAAUCAAAAAUCAGAGUCACUCUUAAAAGAAGAUUAAAGGACUGUAAUGUCAUAGCAACAAAGUUAGUUCUAAUACUGGAUGAUUUAUUAUGGGUUUUGACGGAUUCCCAGUUGAAGGCUAUGGUACAAUAUGCAAAAUCUCUAAGUGAAGCAAUAGAAAAAUCAACAGAACAAAGGAAGAGUAUGGCUCCUGAACCUACCCAGAGCUCUACAAUAACCCCAUCUACCCAGCAAGUAAAGACACCACAGACAUCAAAUGCGCCUGAUCUAAAUGAUGCAAUUGUUAAACUGUUCAAUGAUUUUGAUGUUAAAGAAACUUCCCAUCAUUUAGUGAUUUCUCACCUAGAUCUACACAUAUGUGAUGAUAUUCAUUCGAAAGAAAAAGAGUCUAACAGACGUAUUACUGGAGGUGCUAUGCAACUCUCUUUUACCCAGCUAACCAUAGAUUAUUAUCCAUAUCAUAAAGCAGGAGAUAGUUGUAAUCAUUGGAUGUAUUUUAGUGAUGCAACCAAAACAAAAAAUGGAUGGGCCAAUGAGUUGUUACAUGAAUUUGAGUGCAACGUUGAAAUGCUUAUACAGGCUGUGAAAGAUCAUAAUGUAGGUUCACCUCCUAAAUCCCCAACACAUGCCUCUCCCCAGCACACACAAACAGAGAAGGAGUCCACACUGAAAGGGACUUCUAGAACAUCAUCGGUAUUAUCUCAACACUCAAAAGCUAAACUUAUGUCAAGUUCUGUUGUGGUAAGACUUGCAGAUUUCAAUAUAUACCAGGUCUCUACAGCAGAACAAUGUCGUUCUUCCCCCAAAAGUAUGAUUUCCUGCAAUAAAAAAUCUCUGUAUCUUCCACAAGAAAUGUCAGCUGUGUAUAUAGAAUUCACAGAAUAUUACUAUCCAGAUGGAAAGGAUUUUCCAAUUCCAUCUCCCAACCUUUAUAGCCAGCUGAAUGCAUUACAGUUUACUGUGGAUGAAAGAAGCAUUCUAUGGUUAAAUCAGUUUUUGUUGGAUUUAAAACAGAGUCUUAAUCAAUUCAUGGCAGUUUACAAGUUGAAUGACAAUUCAAAAUCUGAUGAACAUGUUGAUAUUCGAGUUGAUGGCUUAAUGCUAAAGUUUGUCAUUCCUUCUGAAAUGAAAUCUGAAUGUCAUCAAGAUCAACCACAUGCAGUUUCUAUUCAGAGUUCUGAAAUGAUCGCCACAAAUACAAGGCACUGUCCAAACUGUCGACAUUCUGAUCUAGAAGCUUUGUUUCAAGACUUCAAAGAUUGUGAUUUUUUUAGUAAAACAUAUACUAGCUUCCCCAAAUCUUGUGACAGUUUUAGUCUUCUACAUCCAAUUUUUCAGAGACACGCUCAUGAACAGGAUACUAAGAUGCAUGAAGUCUAUAAAGGAAAUAUUAUCCCCAAAUUGAAUAAAUACACUCUUAAAACUUCCGCUGCCAUGGAUGUUUGGGCUGUUUACUUUUCUCAAUUUUGGGUAGAUUAUGAAGGAAUGAAAAGUGGAAAAGGACGACCAAUAAGUUUUGUAGACUCUUUCCCUUUAUCCAUCUGGAUUUGUCAACCAACAAAAUAUGCAGAGUCACAAAAAGAGCUGCAAGCUUGUAAUCAAGUAUCUCUAAAUACAUCACAAAGUGAAUCUAGUGAUCUGGCUGGCCGACUGAAGCGGAAAAAGCUCUUGAAGGAGUAUUAUAGUACAGAGUCUGAGCCCUUGACAAAUGGUAGUCAGAAACCUCCUUCAUCAGAUACAUUUUUAAGAUGUUCUUCUUCAUCAUUGGAUGCAGAUAUUCAUGUCCUGGUUCACAUUCACAAACAUGUCAGCAUGCAGAUCAAUCACUACCAGUAUCUACUCCUGCUUUUCCUACAUGAUUCACUUAUUCUGCUUUCAGAUAAUUUAAGGAAAGAUGUAGAAGCUGUGACUGGCAGUCCUGCUAGUCAGACAUCCAUUUGCAUUGGAAUUUUACUUAGAAGUGCAGAAUUGGCUCUUUUACUACAUCCAGUGGAUCAUGCAAAUACUAUGAAGUCUCCUAUUUCUGAAAGUGUGAGCCCAAUUGUUCCAGAUUAUUUGCCUGCAGAAAAUGGAGAAUUUUUGUCUUCAAAAAGAAAACAAGUUAGUAGUGGUAUAAAUCAAAAUAGAAGAGUAACUGUUAAUCAUAUGUCAGAUAACAGAUCUAUGAGUGUCGACCUUAGCCAUGUUCCUUUAAAGGAUCCUUUGCUUUUUAAAUCAGCUAGUGAUACAAAUCUACAAAAAGGUACUUCUUUUCUGGACUAUUUAUCAGAUAAACAUUUAGGCAAAAUAAGUGAAGAUGAAAGCAGUGGACUUGUUCAUAAGAGUUCAGGAGAAAUUGAAUCAGAAAUAAUUGAAAGAAAAGAUUUAUCUUGUGUAAGUUCAAGUAGUGUCUUAAACUCCAGAGAAGACUCAAAUAUGCUGUCAUUUGAUAACGAUGGUAAUCAAACUGUUCUUUCAAAUAGCUUAACUACUAAAGGAUAUGAUACCAUAGAGUCAGUCUUUAAAGCUGAAGACUUGCUUUCAGAAGCAGUUUCAUUCUCUGAGAACCUGGAAAAAGAAGAGGCACCCACAGUUAAGACCCUUAAAUCACAGUCAUCUUUAAGUGGAAAGCCUAAGGAACGUUUGCCAUCCAACCUGGCUCCACUCUGUGUUUCUUAUAAGAACAUGAAAAGAAGUUCCUCACAAAUCUCACUGGACACCAUUUCACUUGAUAGCAUGAUUUUGGAAGAACAGUUGUUAGAAAGUGAUGGAAGUGACAGUCAUUUAUUUUUGGAAAAAGAAAUUAAAAGGAACUCAACUACAAAUUACCAGAGCCCAGCAGAGAGUCUGAAUACCAGUGCAACUGUGCAGAAUUAUGGUGAAAUUUCUCCAGAUGCCAUUAGUACAAAUUCAGAUGUUGCUCAAGAAAAUCAUGAUGACCUGAUGUCAGUUGUGGUGUUUAAAAUUACUGGAAUUAAUGGAGAAAUUGACAUCCGAGGAGAAGAUACAGAAAUUUGUCUUCAAGUGAAUCAAGUGACAACAGAUCAGUUAGGCAAUGUCAGUCUUCGGCAUUACCUUUGUAAUCGUCCAGUUGGUUCUGUUCAGAAAGCUACAGUUCAUUCCAAAUCCUCUCCUGAGAUUUCUCUGAGGUUUGAAAGUGGGCCUGGUGCUGUAAUACAUUCUCAGCUUGCAGAAAAAAAUGGAUUUCUGCAAUGCCAUAUAGAAAACUUUAGUACUGAGUUUUUUACAUCUUCUCUUAUGAAUAUUCAACAUUUUUUGGAAGACGAAACUGUUGCAACUGUCAUGCCAAUGAAGAUAGAAGUUUCUAACACAAAAAUAAAUUUAAAAGAUGAUAGUCCUCGGAGCUGCACAGUCUCUCUUGAACCAACUCCAGUAACUGUGCAUAUUGAUCAUCUUGUGGUGGAGAGAAAUGAUGAUGGCUCUUUUCAUAUAAGAGGUUCUCAUAUGCUUAACACUGGAAAUGAUUUGAAAGAAAAUGUCGAAAAUGAUUCAGUGUUGCCGACCAGUGGAAAGUAUGAUCUGAAGGAACAACACAGUGUCACCCAAGCUACUCAGACAAGCCCAGAGGCUCCUUGGCCAGUUAAAUUUCCUGAAUGCUCCUUUGACUUUACUAGAGAACAGCUCAUGGAAGAAAAUGAAUCUCUUAAACAGGAACUGGCUAAAGCUAAAAUGGCUCUUGCAGAGGCUCACUUGGAAAAAGAUGCACUUCUUCAUCAUAUAAAGAAGAUGACAGCUGAAUAACAGAAGUGGCUGUCAAAAGUUAAAUGACAGCUCUGGAGUAGGACGGUUAUAUAAAUAAUGUCGAUGUUAUGUUACCAAUUAGUGGAAGACUUUCCUUUUCAUGAAAAUAAAAUGAAAUGGAAUGUGAAGUAGUGACUGUUCCAAAGCCAGUUUAGAAAAUAUUAGGUACGAGCAUUACAAUCUUUUGAUUGUUCUAUGUUUUGGUGUUUAAACCUCAUUUAAACUGGUAUGAUCUAGGAAAGUCAGUACAUACUGUAAAAUAAUUACAUGCCUAAUGAAAAGAAGAUGUCAUUUCCUAAUUGUUAUAUCUCAUUAUAAACUUUUUAAAAGAGGAAAAUGAAAACCUGUCAUGUUCACUCAGAUUGAAUUUAUUUCUCACUAUUUGUUAAUAAUUUACUAUUAUUUACAAAGAACAGAUGCUUUUAGGGCUAAUGUAAAAUAAAAGGAGCUUACAUUUUAAAUGUUAUUAAAAUUAUGUACUGAAGUCUAUAAUUAUUUAAUUACUGUAAAAUAUCUAAUCAAAUUAAUAAAUUAUAUAAUGAGUUUAAGAACUCUGAAAAAUCUUCACCCUCUUGAACUUACAGAGUAACUUGAAGAUGUGACAAAUGAUGGGUAAAUUGUGUAAGUAGAAGCUAUAAUUUUCAAAAAAAGGUGGUACAAAUGUAAAAAUAAAAAGCACAAAUAUUAGAAUAUAUGGCCAUGUGAUUUAAAAGCAUUACUUGUACAUUCCUUGAAACAUUUAUCCUUAGUAGUAAUUUAACUAUUCUAAGUUUAGCAACAUUUGUAACUGUAAAAUUUUUAAUUAAUACUAUUUAUAUUAUUUACCUUUAUCUUUCCUCUUUGAGGAGAAUAUUUUCAGAGAAUUUGCUUUUCAUGAACAAAUAAUUUCAUACCAUUGUUGUAGUAUCAGAUGGGUGUUUACACAUAUUGAAUUUAUAAAGCUAGUUUUGAUUAAAGCUUAUGUGAUAUAUAUAUAUAUAUAUAUAUACAUAUAUAGUCUAUAAUAAGAGUCAUUAGUAAGUUUUGAAUUCUAUUUUCUAAGGAUUAAGGUUGAAAACACAAGAGAGAAUCUCAAUCAUGCAUUAUGAAAUAAAAAUACAUGAGUAUUUAAGAAGCAGGCUUUUGAAGAUUUAAAAUAUAUUUCUGAUAGAAUUAAAGUAAAUGGUGUCUAUUUUAAAAUUCACGUUCUUAAAUAUAUAAAAGAACACAAAACAACUGGACUACUCUUUAACUUGAAAAUUCUAAAACCAUGUUGCAACAUUUUAUGGUGCUUUGCUUUUUUGGUAUAUAUAGCCAUACUUCUAUCUGAGUGCUUGAGAGAAAAUACAUAUUUCAUCUACGUUAGUAUUGAAUGAAGUGAUAGGUUUUAUUAAAAACAGUAAACUAGAGGGUUUUUUUUCCCUAUAUUAUUCAUUUUCAUUGACAGUACUUCAAAAUAUAGGCAUUGUUUGUAGGGGCUAAAUAUCUAGCCAAGAACAAAUUAAAUUGUUAAUACCUCAAAAUAUCUUAAAAAAUUAUGUUAAACUAUGUUAAUCUAAAACUGUAUCAUAGCCUUAGAUUAAAUGCAAAGAUCUAAAGAUUUAAAAUGCAUAGUGUAUGCCCUUAUAAGCUUAAACAUAGCUUAUGAACUUUUGAUUUAUCUGUACGUAUUCAGCAAAAGCAGUCUCUGUUGUGGAAAAGAAGGAUCAAUGGGACAUUAACUUCUUCUUUGAUGACAGUGUUUCUCAGGAUGGACCUAUUCUUACAAAUUUUAAGUUUUUCUAUGGUAUAUUACAAUUGCUUAAUGUUACAUAAGCUGAAUGUUUUUCUUCUUCCUUUUAAAUGUAUAUGUAGCCUUCCAAGAUAAUCAUAUAAACAACAGAGACAAUAAUACUCUGAGCCUUCUUUCUA